AAGCGUAUUAAUGUUUUCAUUUUUGAAAAAUGUUUUCUAGGUUUUUCAUUCUUUUUUUUCGUUACGUUAUUAAUAGUAUUUUAUUUCUUAGUUCCAAGUUCCGAAAUACUUUUCCGCCGUUAAAAAUUUACUGGACGAAAUGUCCACUAAAGUAGAUUUAAAUAAUAUUAAUCUUGAAAAUCUUAAUCAAUUGACCAAAGAAGAAUUAAUUAAUAUAGUUUUAGACCUGAAAGAGCAGAAGGGAACCCAUAAAAAGUGUGUCAGAAAAACGAUAAAACCGAAGCUAAACAGAAGUUUUGAUUUCACAAAGUAUCAAAAAAGACAUGUUGCAUUUAAAUUAUUGUAUUUAGGAUGGAAUUAUCAAGGGUUUGCAACACAAGAUGUUACUGAAAAAACUAUUGAACAUGAAUUAUUUCGUGCACUUACCAAAUGUUGUUUAAUAGAAAGCCGGCAAACAUCAAACUAUCACCGUUGUGGACGAACUGAUAAAGGUGUUAGUUCUUUUAGUCAGGUGAUUUCUUUAACGGUAAGAAGUAAUGGUGAAGAUGAUAGUAGUGAAUUACUUUACUGUAAAAUGCUUAACUGCUUAUUACCUAAGGAUAUAAGGAUAAUUGCUUGGAGUCCAGUCAAUGAAGGAUUCAGUGCACGGUUUGAUUGUGGGUCUAGAACUUAUAAGUAUUGGUUUCCACGUGGUGAUCUUGAUGUAGAUAUAAUGAAUCAAGCUUUACAGCAAUUAGUUGGGACUCAUGAUUUUCGUAAUUUAUGUAAGAUGGAUGUUGCCAAUGGUGUAGUACAAUAUUUCAGAAGAAUUAUGAGUGCUAAUGUUAAAAUAUGUUUUGAGAAUAAUCAAUUUUCAAAUAAUAGGAAUUAUGAUAUGUGCGAACUUACCAUUGUGGGUAAGGCAUUUCUUUGGCAUCAAAUUCGAUGUAUAGUAUCAGUACUUAUAUUAGUUGGACAACAUAAAGAGAAUGAAAAUAUAUUUAAAGAAUUAUUGAACAUAGAGAGUUGUCCAAGGAAACCUCAGUAUUCUUUAGCUGAUGAUUUACCAUUAAAUUUAUUUGAUUGUGAAUUUGAAAAUGUCAAUUGGAUUAUUGAAGAUGAAUCAUUAUUUGAAAUAAUUUCUAGUCUACAAUCUUCAUGGGCUACACAUAUGAUAAAAGCUACAAUGAUGGGAGAAAUGUUAAAAAAUAUGGACAUUUUAGCAAUAAAUAAGAUUAACAAUCAAAGCGAAUGGUUAAUACAAGGCGUCAAAUCUAAAAUGUAUCAACCACUUUUGAAGAGACCAGCUAGUGAAAGCUUAGAAAAUCGUAUUGAACACUACACUAAGAAAGAAAAGCUUAAAUUAGAAUGCAAAGAUAAAUAAAAAAAUUUAUAUGUUCUA